CAUUUUUCUCAUCCAAAACAUGUUUUGAUCUGGAUCGCUCUAUAAAAAUGCGUGUCGUGAAGAAAUCUUUAAAGUAAAACGGAGUCUGGUUACUGUCUUACCCCAGAGAGAUGGCUGCACUUAUAAUCGACAUGUUUCUGGUGUCUUUAUUCGUUACAAUGGUUCCUUCAUCGGAGGCUAACGGAUAUCCCAAAUUGCAAAGAUUUGAUGAUGGAGACAAUUACGACGCCUGGUUUGAUUUCACAAACAAUGUGAUCAGAACUGCACCUGAUAUUUCGAUCUAUAAUGACUUUGUGGGAACCGGAUGUAGUACCAGAGGUGUACUAAAGCUGACCGUGUCGAAAGAUGAUCCAGAUAGGAAGCGAUUGUUGUUUGAUUUGUUUUUUGACAACCCUCAAGGCUGGGUUUUCAACCUGGGAGACUCAGAGACCAACAAUGGAUACGCUGGUGACGCCAUGUCCCAAGGAAGAGACGCAGAGCUCCAGCUGUAUGGAAAUUUAACGGGCUGGUUGAGCGACUUUGGGCCCAGUGGCAAAGCGUUUACGACAACAAAUCCUGCAAAGACAAGGUUGACUCUAUUGGUUGGAGACGAGCACGUGGUUUGGAUAGGUGAUGGUGACGCCACAAAGGUCAACUACUACAGCAACCCAGGCUGGUUUGCUCUGAAUGGCCAAGUAGAGAGUGAAGGGCCAGUCAACCAUGACCUAUACCUGGCUACUAACGGGGUGAUCACGAUGUAUCCAGGCCGUACUGGAUCAGGUCUUUGUAAAGUUGGCAUCAAAUUCAUGCCAGCUAUUUGAAAAGCGCGGAACUGCAAAAUGAUUAAUUAUGACGUAAUCAAAUUUUGUGUUUUAUUUGUACAAGUCAGUUAUUUUGAAUUUAACCAAGUAUUCAAUAAUCUCUUGCAUGUCUUAUAAAAACUGAGAAAAUACAGGGUCGCCCAAAAUUUGUUACCCCGUAGAUAAGUGUUUCCCAAACUGUGUUCCGCGGGAACCUAAUAUUUCGCGAGGGCUGAAUAUGUGUUCCUCGAACUAAUGUAACCCGGAGAGAAGUAAUUCAAUAGUAAAGUUUUUCACAGUUUUCGCAGCUUGUGCAUUUUUUUUUGUUUGAUCAACCGUUGGGAUGCACGGGCCACACGGAUAAACUUAACCAACGUGUACAGUAGAUAGUUUGUUCACAUGUUAGAUUUUUUUAUUACAUAAAACACGUUUUUACAGUGAACUUAAUAUCACAUAGGUAAGGGGGCAACAUAUCUUUACUUUAAUAUUCUCUGUAAUAAAGUUGAAGCUAUGAAUUUGAGCCUUAGGUUUCAGCUUGCACCCCUCUGUAAAAAAAAAACCUGCGGGCGCCCAUGAUUGAAGGCUUACACAUUAUUACAUAUACAUAUGGUGUAAAUCCAGACUUUUUUGCAAAAAGCGAGCAUCUGUGUCAUAGUAGCUCAGAAUUUUGAGGAUAAAUAUAGUUCAUAUUAUUUUAUAUAUAUAAUUCUCUUCUUCCCUCAAGAGUUUGGACGAGAAGAAGAAGUAAAGGAAAGAUCACUCUCUUAUUUCUGCAAUUUUUUUUUUUAGUUUUGAAAAGAUUUUAAUAAUUUCUGGAUAUUUCCAACAAUUCUUCGUAUAUUUUGUUAUAAGUUAUAAAAUGGUUUGAUUUAAUAAUUUACACCUAGAAUUAGCGCAGGUCCUUUGAAAGUGCGGGGCACACUGCGUUCACAUAGGUGCCUAAGCCGGCCCUGCAAAAUAACGGCGUAUGCUACGCCGUGGGUCGACUAGUUUAAUUGUAAAUCUUUAAGGGUUAACUUAGCUGUGUAUUUUAAUGAUAAAUUUAUGUCGUUAUUUUAAGAGUCCAUUUAGUAAAACUGAUAUCUUUAUGGUGUUAAUAAUAUAAGUACUUUAGGUCUAAACGGAAUAAUUGUGUUAAGAAUUGUGAUUUUUGUUUUUUUACCUUUUACAUUGAAUGACUUAAUAAAUGUUAGUUAUAAAGUGUAUGCAGGAUGAAGACAUGUAUAUAGAUUUAUAAUGUUUAGCAACAUAAUGAAAUAAAGCACUUAAACACACUCA